GGGACACCGUGGUGACAUUCUGGGGACAUUCUAGGGGUGCCUUGGGGACAACCUGGAGGUUGCCUUGGGGACACCCUGGGGACACUGUGGGGAUGCCUUGAGGACACCAUGGGGACACCCUGGGGACACCCUGGGGACACCCUGGGGACACCCUGGGGACGCGGUGGCCGCUCCUCCCCCCGGUGGCCGCCGGGAUUUAAUCCCUUCCCAAAUCCCGUUGUUUUCGCAAUCCCGGAGCAAAUCCGAGCCCGGCGGCGGCGCUGGGAGGUGACAGCGACAUCCCCCGUGUCCCCACCCCCAGGUGACAUCCCCAGCCACGGCGACACGCCCAGGGGUGGCUCUGGGGACCGUCCCUGGGCCACAGUGGCUUCUUAGGGAAAACCUGGAAUUUCCGGGCGAUGUGGGAAUGGCGGGGACAAGCCAGGCCCUGGUGUCCCCUCCCGUGGGGACAAGCCGGGUGUGAUGUCACCGUGGUGGUGACAAGGACACAGCCGGGGCUCUGGGGACCGCUGGGAAUGUGGAUCCCAGAAUUCCCGGACGAUGCCCCCCGGCCGCUGACACUGGCGACAGCGACAUCGCCGGACAGAUGGCGACAGCCAGCAAGGGCAGCAAGGGGAAGGGGACAGGAGUGCGCUUCACCCCCGAGGGGACCCAGGGCCACCCCCAGGAGGGGACACAGGGCCACGUCCACUUCCAGGAGCAGCUGCACGACUCGGCCGUGAUGGUGACACAGGACAAGGACGGCCACUUCCUGGUCAAGGUGGGAUUCCUGAAGAUCCUACACAAGUACGAGAUCACCUUCCAGCUGCCCCCCGUGCCGAACCUGGGCAAGGACAUUUGUCCCCUCCCCGUCCCCAACCCCAACCUGCGCGUCAUCAGUGUCACCUCCCUGCCAGAAGGGCACAGCGUGCGCUGCGAGUACACGGCGCACAAGGAGGGGGUGCUGAAGGAGGAGCUGCUCCUGGCCGGACACAGCCCCAGCCACAUCAAGGUCACCGUCCAGGCCCGGGUCAUGGACCGUCACCACGGGACGCCGAUGCUCCUGGACGGGGUGCGCUGCGUGGGAGCCGAGCUGGAAUACGACUCGGAGCAGAGCGACUGGCACGGCUUCGACUGACCCCAAACCCCACCCCGGGGGGACCCCAAAGCCCCCGAAGCACAGGACGGUCCCCAAAGCGGGCGGGGGGGUGGGGAGGGGGGGACCCCCUUGUUGCUGCUGCCGCUGCUUCGCCCUCGCCCCGCAGCCCCGGGGGGUGUUUUGGGGGAAUUGUGCCUCUUGGGGUGGGAAUCUUCCUCUUUUCUGGGGUGGGCGAGGAAUUUUGCCUGUGGAAUGUGGGGUGGGAGCGGGGAGUCCCCCGUGGCUUCGGGGUUGGGGCCGCGUCCCCCAGCUGUGUCCUUGUGUUGCUGCCAGCGCCUCUUUUUUGGUUUUUGUUGGUUUUUUUUUUUCUGUUUUUCUCAGAUUUUUCCUGUUUUUUUUUUCUCCUCUUUUCCCAUUUUUUUUUUCCUCGUGGUGCAAGGACCAGGAGCAGUUUCAGGAGGUUUUUUAUGCCUACAUAUAUAUAUAUAUAUAUAUGUAUAUAUAUAAAUAUAAAGCUAUCUUACA